GCAGUACUUUUGGUCCUGAACAAAGUCCACUCGAUUUAAGUAAAGCGAGAUCGAAAGAAAAACAGUCAGCAAAAUGCCCCCCAAACGGUGGAUUGACAAGAACAAGGCUCAGACGUACCAACUUCUUUACCGCCCACAAGAUGACCCAGAACUAUACAACGAGACGGCAGGCGACCGGACACUGUAUCCUAUCUCUGGGCCGGCCACAACCUCUCGGCAACCCGCACAGGAUAGGGGACUACACCUGAAAGACCUGGAAGAUGACCUCGAACCUGAGCUGGUGCGGGCGAACGAGGGCGAAGCGGCAGAAUAUGGAGUCUACUACGACGAUACAAGUUAUGAUUACAUGCAACAUCUGCGGAAUAUUGGCGAAGGAGGUGGAGAGUCGCAUUUCGUCGAGGCCAUGCCUCAAGGCAAAGGCAAAGGGAAAGCGAAGACCAUGAAGUUGGAAGAUGCGCUAAGAGAAGUGUCGCUGGACGAUGACCGCAGCGUUGCCGAGAGCGAGCUGUAUUCGACAUUCUCGACAUCGACAAGACCCAGGACAUAUCAGGACCAGCAGGAUGUCCCAGACGACAUUGCCGGUUUCCAGCCCGACAUGGAUCCCCGCUUACGAGAAGUGUUAGAGGCACUGGAGGACGACGCCUACGUGGACGAGAACGAUGAGGAGGACCUAUUCGGCGCUCUAGCAAAAGAGGGUCGGUACGGGGAACUAGACUUAGCCGAAUUUGAAGCAAAUUUCGUGGACGAGGACGAGGAAGGCUGGGAGUCGGAUGCGACCGAAAAAGCACCUGAACAACCUGCCCAGUCCACAAUGUCCUCUGUUGCCCCCAUGCCUGCUGGUACAGAACCAAGGAAUGAAGAUGCGUCUCUGGAUGCCGAGGCUGCUGCAGCAGAAGACGGAGACUGGUUGAAAGAGUUCGCCAAGUUCAAGCGAGACCACACGAAGAAGAUCCAGCCCAGGACAGCGGAGUCUAUCAUCGCCGCUUCUGCUGCUGGCCGGGACCAAGCACCGUCAUUAUACACUCUGAAUGGCACGCUGCUGCGGCAGAAGAAGCGAAAGGGUGCCCUGACCAAUCCCAGCGCGUACUCCAUGACAUCUUCAUCUCUGGCUCGAACCGAUGGUCAGCAAUUGCUAGACGCACGCUUCGACCAGGUAGAAAAGAUGUACUCUCUGGACGAGGCUGAUGAAGGUGAUGAUAUGGAUGGUGGAAUGUCCUUAGCUUCGGGCAUGACAGGCCGCUCUAAAAUGUCGCAAAUGUCGCAACUGUCCACGACCAGUUUUGCCGAUGAAGGAGCUGUCCGAGGAGAUUGGGGCGGCAUGAUGGAUGAUUUCCUUGGUGACUGGAACAAAGCAAACCCGGGUGGAAAACGAAGAGGCGCAAAAGGCAAGCGUGGGAAAAAUGGGAACGAAAAAUAUGGUCUUCAACAACUUGAUGAAGUGCGAGCGGAACUGGGACCGGCAAGGAUACACCGGCGCACGACAGAGGCAUGAAAUGACAAGGCAUUGGAGUCCGAGGUCGGUUUUGUUGUGGCAUAUUCAAGAUACCCCAUCCUGCGAUAUAGAAUUGUUGUUUUGCAAGCGAACCCCUUCUCGAAACGCCUCAUGCAUGCAUCUGUAC